CUUAUCAAAGCUCUCAAAGCAUUCCAACUUUAGAUCUCAACCGUCCAUUUUCCCCUAUAACUCAAUCUCUCGCUUCUCAUCAUAUCUUCCUCUGUCACUAGCUGUCUCGCGUCAACGAUCUUUGUGCCUCUCACGCCUCAUACUCGCCGUUUGAAGAUCUGAUUUGAUCUGAUCAGAUAAAAGUAGAAAGAAAAAGGAUGUUUGGGAGAGCACCAAAGAAGAGCGAUAACACCAAAUACUAUGAGAUAUUGGGAGUAUCGAAAAACGCUUCCCAAGAUGAUCUAAAGAAGGCUUAUAGAAAAGCUGCUAUUAAGAACCAUCCUGAUAAGGGCGGCGAUCCUGAAAAAUUUAAAGAGCUGGCUCAAGCUUAUGAAGUGCUGAGUGAUCCGGAGAAGCGUGAGAUUUAUGAUCAGUAUGGUGAGGACGCCCUUAAAGAAGGAAUGGGCGGUGGUGGCGGCGGUCAUGACCCGUUCGAUAUCUUCCAGUCGUUCUUUGGUGGAAAUCCUUUUGGUGCUGGUGGAAGCAGCAGAGGCCGAAGACAAAGAAGGGGAGAGGAUGUAAUCCAUCCCCUCAAAGUAUCGUUGGAAGAUCUUUACAACGGGACGUCAAAAAAGCUCUCUCUUUCACGUAAUGUAAUUUGCUCCAAGUGCAAGGGUAAAGGGUCUAAAUCAGGUGCAUCAACGAAAUGUUCUGGUUGUCAAGGUUCUGGAAUGAAAGUCUCCAUCCGGCAGAUCGGUCCUGGGAUGAUCCAACAAAUGCAGCAUCCUUGCGGUGAGUGUAAGGGUACUGGUGAGACCAUCAACGACAAGGAUCGUUGCCCACAAUGCAAAGGUGAUAAGGUUGUGCAAGAUAAGAAAGUCUUGGAGGUUAUUGUUGAAAAGGGUAUGCAGAAUGGACAGAAGAUUACUUACCCGGGAGAAGCCGAUGAAGCACCUGAUACGGUCACUGGGGACAUUGUAUUUAUCCUACAGCAGAAAGAUCAUCCAAAACUUAAAAGAAAGGGGGAUGACUUAUUUCUGGAGCAUACAUUGACCCUUACCGAGGCCCUUUGUGGCUUUCAGUUCAUAAUGACUCAUUUAGAUGGCAGACAACUUCUAAUUAAAACACAACCUGGGGAAGUCGUUAAGCCUGAUCAAUACAAAACAAUAAACGAUGAAGGAAUGCCAAUUUAUCAGAGGCCAUUUAUGAGAGGUAAACUGUACAUUCACUUCACCGUUGAUUUCCCCGAUACUUUGACCCCAGACCAGUGCAAGGCUCUAGAGGCUGUACUACCUCCAAGGUCCUCGGUCCAGCUAACUGAUAUGGAACUGGAUGAAUGUGAGGAAACAACUCUGCAUGAUGUUAACAUGGAGGAAGAGAAGUGUAGGAAACAGGCACAAGGUCAAGAGGCCUACGAGGAAGAUGAAGACAUGCAUGGUGGUGCACAGAGGGUACAGUGCGCUCAGCAAUGAUAAAACCAAACGUUGGAGACAGUGGGUGGUUUCUUUCAAGGGAAAUUGCCGGCUGACCUUAAGCGAGAAGGGAUCGAAAUCAUUCUCAAACAUCGUUGUGCUUUGUUAAUCAGUUUUUAGUGCAAGUUUUUGGUAACUGAAAUGUUGUUAUAGGUUUUGAAAACUGACACUGUUUAAGCAUGCAAAGAUUUAUGUUUGGGACUUGACCCCUAUUAUUAUGUAGUAAUACAACCUUUUAUUUCUUCUAUGUUGGAAUUUAUUAUUAUUU